GGGCCACUCAUCCACUCAGCUCUGUGGAGAACUCUGGGCUGCUCUCGCCUUUCUCUAGGGUCCCAACUGAUCGCCUGAACCGGCGAGAAACGCGUGGAUUGUAUUUUUGCUUUCUCCAGGCGGAGUAACUCAGCAUGGGGAGCCUGACUAGUAUCUGGCUGCGCCCUGGAGUCCUGCGGCUUGUAGUCUUGCUGCAAAUCAUCAGCUUGUGCUUGACCCAGGGUCCGUUCGAUGAGCAACGUGUAGUUGGAUCCCCGGGCCCGGCCGGGGUUCCUGGAUCAGACGGCAUCGAUGGGGAACGUGGACCUCCUGGGCCCCCUGGUCCAGCUGGAGCAAAAGGUGAUCCUGGUGAACCUGGACCAGAUGGACCUCAAGGUGACCCGGGAUAUGAUGGUCUGGAAGGUCCAAAGGGAGAACCAGGGAUUCCUGGAAGGCCAGGUCCCAAAGGUCAGGUGGGCUUACCUGGGCUUCCUGGACCAUCAGGGGCUGGAACCAUGGGACCUCGCGGUCCUGCUGGUCCGGUUGGUCUUCCUGGAGAAAUUGGCCGUCCUGGAGCUAAAGGUGCAGCAGGACGGAUUGGAGCAAUUGGCCGCCCAGGACCACCAGGUCAACAGGGGCUUCCUGGUAACCUUCACGGUGCAGAGGGGAGUGCGGACCUCCUGUGCCCAACCUCUUGCCCUCCAGGACUGAAAGGCCCACAGGGACUUCAGGGUCUCAAGGGACACAAAGGCAAACCAGGACUGAUGGGAGAACCUGGCAGACAGGGACCCCCAGGCAUUAAAGGUGGAGUUGGCAUCUCAGGAGAACAAGGCAUUCCAGGCCAACCAGGCCCUCAGGGUCUUCGAGGAUACCCUGGUAUGAUGGGAGGAAAAGGCGGAAGUGGUCCUCGUGGUUACAAGGGCAUGGUGGGUCCACCUGGACGAAUGGGCCUUCAGGGUAAACAAGGUCCUGAGGGGCCACUUGGAGAUUUUGGUGAGAAAGGGGAUCGGGGAGUACGAGGGCAAAGAGGACGCCAAGGUCAAACUGGACUGAAGGGUCAAAAUGGUUUACCGGGCAUCGAUGGCAAGGACGGCACGCCUGGGGUUCCUGGUAUGAAGGGAGAUGCAGGACGACCUGGAAUUCCAGGACCAGCGGGUCCCCAGGGAGGAGCUGGAUUACCUGGACAACCUGGUCAGAAGGGAGCUGCUGGUUCAAAGGGUGGAAGAGGUACUCAGGGAAUGAUUGGUCCCACUGGCCCUCCAGGUCAAAUGGGUGAACCUGGACCUGAAGGAGAGAUCGGCCCACCAGGACCCAUGGGUCUAAAGGGCGACAGAGGAAUGUCCGGUGAAACAGGACCUCCAGGACCCAGAGGCAAGGCUGGUAUUAAAGGAGAACGGGGUCCCACUGGAAUCCCAGGUCCUCAGGGUGUUCCUGGAUUUAAAGGUGAUAAGGGAUUCCAAGGAAAAUCAGGACCCAAAGGUGGUGUUGGCGACCCAGGGGUGGAGGGACUGGAUGGUGAGAAUGGUGAAAAGGGAGACUCCGGGGAGCCUGGAGUGAAGGGAGAGCAAGGUGUUAUAGGAGAGCCAGGGUACAGGGGCCCAAUUGGUAAUCCAGGGGAGCCAGGAGCAGAAGGUCGAGUAGGAUUGCCAGGCCCUCGAGGUCCCAAUGGAGAGCGUGGUGUUACCGGAUCGACCGGCCGUCAGGGGGUCGCUGGACGUGAUGCAGGAGAUCAGCAUAUUGUUGAAGUUGUCUUGAAAAUGAUGCAAGAACAAUUAGCCGCAGUCGCAGUCAGUGCCAAACGAGCAGUACUGGGAGGAGCAGGGAUGACUGGGCCCCCUGGACCCCCUGGAAAGCCGGGCUCUUCUGGUGAACAAGGGGACCAUGGGAUUCCUGGGCCUCGCGGCUUACCUGGUCUGCCAGGUGUUCAAGGCCAGAUCGGAAAUACCGGGCCCAAAGGAAAACAAGGAGAGAAGGGCGAUCGAGGUGAGAAAGGUCAUGGAUAUCCAGGUCUCCCCGGUCCACCAGGCAUUACAGGACCCCCAGGAAUGCCUGGUCGGAGUAUAAGUGGUAGGGAUGGUGAACAGGGAGUGCCCGGUAUGCCAGGACAGCCUGGUCGCCCUGGUUUGCCUGGACCCCCUGGUAUCCCCGGAUUCUGUGAGGCUGCUGCUUGCUUAGGGGCCUCUGCAUACCUGGCCUCUGGUGGUGGGCCGGACUACAAGGGGCCUUGAACUGACCACAAGGAACAAAAGGCAUGCGGCCAAAUGGACCAUGGAGAGCCGCAUGCACGGCGCAGGAGGGAAGGAGGUGAACAAAUACAACAGAAGGAGUUCGCUUGAAGAAUGAACUGAUUUCAAAUAUUUGGUGCUUUUUUUAAAAAAAAUGAAACACACAAAGAAAUGAAAAAGAUAAAAAGAGUUACUGCUUUUCAGAUUAUACAGAAGUUCAAAGAAUUUAAAACAACAGAUUUUGCAUUGGCAUGUUUAUUUGAGCAAAGAUUGAAUUUAUGUACAUUGGUUCCAAACAUUUUAUUAUGAUAAUUGUUCUAAAGUAAAUAAGAUCAACUAUUUGGGAAUGUUAAUACUGAGUUUUGUCACUCCCUUGUAUAAAGUUAAAUAGUGCAGCAGUCUAUCUCUGUGUUUGUAAUGUAAUGAAGUUCUUUUUCAAUGUAUUCUUUACUGGAUUAAAUGUGUUAUUAAAGGGGCCACCUUGUGCUAUGGUCUGAUCCAACGCUGAGACCCAGACCAUUGUGGAUACA